UCCCCUCGUACGGACGGCGUCGUCGUAAUCGAUCUGUAGCGUUGUACAGUUGUGCCACUUGUCUAUUGCCGCUCACUUGUUCUUCCACUGUCGUCCCACUCAGUCCACGGUCUUCCGACUCGUUCCGCGUCUGCACCAUCUGCCGAUCCUCGUCCUCAUUCACGAUUUUACAAUCUACGCCGUUCGUCGACAGUGAUAAAUAUUAUUAUUAUAAAAUAUCCAUUUUUUGGUUAGUUAUUUUUCUGUGAAGCGAUAGAAAAUAACUCAUAAUGGCAAACUCCGUGUCCACAUCACAACCCGGGCCGAGCAGCGCAGCACACCCGUCUACUACUCAAUCACCGGCGGAAGAAGAUUCCCAGUUCCCGAGACUUGAGUUAGCAAAUGUCAGAAUGACUACUAAAAAAAAACUCCCUCUUUUGAUGUGCUCAGAAGAUGAUAUUUACGACCCACAACUUUUAGAAAAAAUUCAGUUUUAUCAUCAGGAUACUGAAGACAGAUUUGAAGUACCAUGUAAUAUUACUUUAAAUGCAAAAUAUGAAUCAUAUCACCGUAAAACUGUGAGAUGGAUGGUGGAUAUCGAACGCAGGAAUUCUAUAAACGGUCAAUCUCAGUCGACAGGUGGCAUUUUAGCAGACGUAGUAGAGGAAGAUAAGCGAUUGGAGAUAAUAACCUGCAUUGUGGCAAAUCCUCCACCAACAAUAAUCUAUCGUCAAAAAGUCUUAAUUGAUGACCGCACUGAAGAAAGUAAAUCUAGCAAACCAAUACCACCACAUAGCAAAUGUAUAAUUUCAAAGAUAAAUAAAAACAUAAAUUAUGGACCAAAACUAUUUAAUACAUCGACAAACGAUAGAUCGCAAAAUAUAGUUGAGCAUCUGUCCAAUAAAUUGCAUUUAUCAACAAAGAAUGUUAAGAGUGAAGACAGACGUGAAUGUUUUUACCAAAAUAUAAAUUCUAACAGCCCGUUCCUAAUAUGCGAAAUGUGUGGUGAAGCACAUGAUAAAAAAUGUAGCGUAUUUGAUCCUAAACUGGAAGGAUGGCUGCCAUAUUUAUGUUCCAGUUGCUGGAAAUUUAAUGAUGCAAUCCAGUGUAAAGCCACACUAUUAAUUGUUCCAGACUACUGUUUGGAACAGUGGAAUCAAGAUAUACAGAGAAUAGCUGGUACAACAUUAAAAUGGUUUGUAUAUAAUGGGAUCCAGUCAUGUAAUUUUAUACAACCUACAGUUUUCAAUAAUUUCAAUGUAGUUCUUAUGACGUACAAUAAAUUAGUAAAGGAGUUAAACUAUGGACAACAUUAUGUUGACGAAAAUCAAGCUACCACUGGCCUACGUUGUUUUAAAAAGUAUCCCCAAUCUCCACUGCUUUGCAUAACCUGGUGGAGAAUUUGUCUGGAUCAACCCCAGUCAUACAACACCAACAUUCAUCGUGUAUUUAAAAUAGUUUCGUCUUUAAAAUCGGGGCAUAGAUGGGUUAUGCCGGGCACAUUAGUUCAAGAAUCUUCAAAAAAUUUUUUUAGUAUUGUGAAGUACUUGGACUUAUUAGAAGUUAAUUUUGAUUAUAUCAAUUUUAUUAAUGCCAUAAAAGAAAAAACCGAGGAUUCACUUAUUUGGAUCUAUCGGCAAAAAGUCUUAAUUGAUAACCGCACUGAAGAAAGUGAAUCUAACAAACCAAUACCACCACAUAAAGUUUAA